GGGGACAGAAUCUACUUAAAAAAAAAAAAAUUGGGUCCAGGGUUCAGGUAAUUAUAAGUAAGUCUUAUAUCUACGUGGAUUAUCAAAGUUACAAAGGAUGUGGUGCAAUUCUCAGUUUUGUGGACUGUCACUCUCUUAGACCCCCCCCCAUAUCACUAAAAGCUAGGAGAGUUCCCCUAAAAACACCCCCACAGGUUUCCAAAAUUCCCCUCAAGAGAAUCAUAGCCCUACCAUAUCCCUUCAACAAAACCUUAUGCUAGCUCCCAGUUUGCCUCUGGGAAGGGCAGUGAUAACCCAGCUUCCAGUGUACAGAGCUGGAUGAAAGACUCCCUUCAGAAAGGACUGGGGGUGGGGAAAGUAGGGUAUGCCUGGUCAGAUGGUUCUCGGAAGGCUUCCAGGAGGUGGCAUCGCAACAGGUUGCUUACGUCACAGAGGAGGAGACAGAGACGGAAGGGACACACACGUGAAGUGGCAGGUGGGAUAACUGUGCACCUGGGUCAGCCCAGUCUCAGAGCCUGUGUGCUCUAGACCCUAAUUAGGGCUGCCUAGAUGGAUGGGCCAGGAGCAGGUUAGUUAGGUAAGACAGUAAAGCAGGCCCCGCCUCUGGGGGAGCAGUCCUUAGAGCCUAAGGGAAGGGGAGGUAUUGGUUUCCUGGUCCAUUUUUAAUGCCUUAAAGAUCAGAUCAGUUCCCUGAAAACCAAGUGCCCCUCCCUUGCACUGAGUCAUAGACCCAGAUGGCCAACUCAGUGUGCCCAGUGAGCGCAAGACUGCCGGGAGCACCGCGCUCCCGUCUUCCUGGGGCUCAGCCUCCCAGGGGACAGACACCACUCAGAGCAGCCUGCCCUGCGCACGUCCACCGCAGGGAAGGUGGGGAGCCUGGGAGCAGCCCAUCGAGGUGGGGUAGUCCCUGAGGAGACGACCGUAGAGCUGAAGUUGAGCAGCGUCAGCUGAGAGGAAAUGGGGGGUGGGCGGCACAUCCCUUCCUUCGGGCUGGAGGAGAGAGCCUGUGUGUCUGGGGGGCCCAGGCAGCCGGUGGGAUGGGCACGGAGAGCCCGGAGCCGAGGCUGGAGAGGCCAGCUGGGGGACGGGUCAGGAUGGCGGAGCUGACAAGAAGGCUUUUGGUCUUUAUCAGAGGAGCCCGGGGAGCACUGUAGGGCUGACAUCUGAUCUGACAUGAUCAGAUUUACGUUUUUAAAAGUUCACUUUGGCGGCAAUUCAUGGAGAACAGCUUGAGGCAACAGAGUGAACGCGACUAGAGCUCUGUGAGCCCACGCUGGGCCCGCACCCCUUCCUGGCCCCCACUGGGUCCACUUUGGCCCCCUCUCUGCAGGCAGGGGUGGGGUGGACCCUCGCUCUGCCCAGCCACCCAAGCUUCCUGUCCAUUCCUCUAGCCUCCGACCUGGGGACACGUGAGCCCUGAGGCCACUCAGUCAUGGAGAGCGUUGGCUCAGGCCACCAGCCCCUCGGAUGAGGCCUCUGCCUGGGGCUCCGCAGAUGAUUCUGAAUCAUGGAGGUGAAGAGGACACCUCCAGCCAGGAGCCCUUGUUGACAGUCGCGGCCCAGCUUGGCCAGCUCUUCCCGCGGUGUUCCAGAGGGGCGCCUGCCCCCCCCAGCCCGGAGCCUGGGAGCUGCAGCUUCCCCGGAUGGGGCGGUGGGGCCUCGACGUGGCCUUUGUGUGGAAAGCGCUCUUGACUCUGGGGCUGGUCCUCCUCUACUACUGCUUCUCCAUCGGCAUCACCUUCUACAACAAGUGGCUGACGAAGAGCUUCCACUUCCCACUCUUCAUGACGAUGCUGCACCUGGCCGUGAUCUUCCUGUUCUCCGCCCUGUCCAGGGCCCUGGUUCAGUGCUCCAGCCACAGGGCCCGUGUGGUGCUGAGCUGGACAGACUACCUCAGGAGAGUGGCUCCCACAGCACUGGCAACGGCGCUUGACGUGGGCUUGUCCAACUGGAGCUUCCUCUACAUCACCGUCUCGCUGUACACCAUGACCAAGUCUUCCGCCGUCCUCUUCAUCUUGAUCUUCUCCCUGAUCUUCAAGCUGGAGGAGCUGCGUGCGGCCCUGGUCCUGGUGGUCCUCCUCAUCGCCGGGGGCCUCUUCAUGUUCACCUACAAGUCCACGCAAUUCAACGUGGAGGGCUUUGCCUUGGUGCUGGGGGCCUCAUUCAUUGGUGGCAUCCGCUGGACCCUCACCCAGAUGCUCCUGCAGAAGGCGGAACUCGGGCUCCAGAACCCCAUUGACACCAUGUUCCACCUGCAGCCACUCAUGUUUCUGGGGCUCUUCCCUCUCUUUGCCAUAUUUGAAGGUCUCCAUUUGUCCACAUCGGAGAAGAUCUUCCGUUUCCAGGACACUGGGCUGCUCCUGCGGGUGCUGGGGAGCCUCUUCCUUGGAGGGAUCCUCGCCUUUGGUCUGGGCUUCUCUGAGUUCCUCCUGGUCUCCAGAACCUCCAGCCUCACCCUCUCCAUUGCUGGCAUUUUUAAGGAAGUCUGCACUCUGCUGCUGGCAGCCCACCUGCUGGGGGAUCAGAUCAGCCUCCUGAACUGGCUGGGCUUCGCACUCUGCCUCUCGGGCAUCUCCCUGCAUGUGGCUCUCAAAGCCCUCCACGCCAGAGGUGACGGUGGCCCUAAACCCUUGAAGGGGCUGGGCUCCCACCCCGACCUGGAGCUGCUGCUCCGGAGUAGCCGGCCAGAGGAGGAUGACAACGAGGAGGAGGGGGAGUACUUUGUGGCCCAGGGGCAGCAGUGACAAGCCAGGGGACUGGCGGGGAACCAGGCUGCUCCCAGGCCUCACACCUCACUGCAGCCCGGGAGCAGGGGCCUGGGACUCUCCCAGGCUGGGCCUUGGGGAGCACGUGACCACGCGGCGGGGCUCCCGCAGGUCGCUGGUGCAACAGAGAGGGGAGCGUCAGGCCACAGCAGGGCCCAGAUGUGCCCCGCUGGCCAAGGGAGCGGGCUGGUCUCCGCGGCUUGCUGGGCGCUGACAGCCCAGGUGGUGAUUUCCAGGGGCAGAGCGGGUUUCUAAGGGGCCGGGUUUAGACUGCGGAGCAGUUGGGAAGGGGAGAUGCCAAGGCUGCAGCCUGGCAUCUCCCCUCGGGUCUGGGGUGUGUCUUUUCUCAGUACAGGUCUAUUUAUAGUUUGGAAAUAAAGGAUUUACAGUCCA